GUGGGCUUCAGGAAAGGAGGCGUUGACAUCUUUUGCAGAAGGACCCAGCUGGAGGUUGUGCUCUCAGUCAUGCUGCUGGUCUUCCGGCUGUCUCUGGUGGCCUGCCUGGUGGUUCUGGGACUUGGAUCCAGCUCAGACAGUGGGCGUGGCCUGUGCCUGUCUCCAACCUGCAUCACGGUGACAAGUCAGAUUAUGGAGGCGAUGGACCGCAGUGCAGACCCUUGCCAGGACUUCUACCAGUUCUCCUGCGGGGGGUGGAUCAGGAAGAAUCCUCUGCCUCAGGGACACCCUCGCUGGGACACCUCCGACGUUCUCUGGGAGCAGAACCAGGCACUGCUCAAACACCUGCUGGGGUCGGUUCGGAGCUCAGCCCUUCUUCAGCGUCCAAGUCAGCUCCGACCUCAAGAACUCCAAUAGUAACGUGAUCCAGGUGGACCAAUCAGGACUAUUCCUACCAUCAAGAGACUACUAUCUGAACAAGACAGCCAAUGACAAGGUGCUGGUGGCGUACCUGGACUACCUGGUGGAGCUGGGGACACUGCUGGGAGGUGAAAAGAACUCCACCCGUCUUCAGAUGCAGCAGAUCCUGGAGUUUGAGACAGCUCUUGCCAACAUCACCGUCCCCGAGGACCAGCGGCGAGACGAUGAGAAGAUCUAUCACAAGACCACCAUCUCUGAGAUGCAG